UUAUACCCUCCUUCUUGGCUUCUUCGUCCUUCCAUCGUCCCCACUGCCUGACAACAAGCAAGAGAAAGAGAGGAGAGAUUGAAAGCACGCAACUCAAAGGACAGGCUAGAGAGAGAGGGCGAGAGAUGAAUGCUGGGGAGGCGGACAUGGGGGAGCAGGAGAAGGGCGGCGGCGCCGUUAGUUGCGAUGGUAAGGUGGGGGCCAAGGCGGUGAGCCUUGAGGAGCUGCGGAAGAAGAUGUCGGACUUCGCCAGGGAGAGGGACUGGGAGCAGUUCCACUUCCCCAGGAACCUCCUCCUUGCCCUGGUAGGGGAGGUUGGCGAGCUAUCUGAGAUAUUUCAGUGGAAAGGGGAGGUGCCCAAGGGGCUACCGGGUUGGGACGAGGCAGAGAAGGAGCACUUGGGGGAGGAGCUCGCCGACGUGCUCCUCUACCUUGUCCGGCUGUCGGACAUGUGUGGUGUUGAUAUUGGCAAGGCUGCCCUGAGGAAGAUGGAGAUAAAUGCACGCAAGUAUCCGGUUGGACAGUGCAAGGGCUCAUCCAAGAAACACACAUGCUACAGCUCUGAUACAAAUGCUGUUGCUAACGAAAACGCCACCACUCUCACUGGUGAUAGCGAGCAUAACAAUGGAGUUUAAGAGUUGCAACUUCUCCAAUGGUAGCUUGGAUGGUUCUUGUGUUUUGUGAUUUAGGCUUUGUGCUAGUGAUACAGGGAGCCUCUCUCUUUUGGUGUUAAGGUUUGGCUCUGAGUUCGCUUCUAUGUUACUAGAUGCCUAAAGGAACAAGUUUAUGCUGCAAUCUCUGUAGGCUAAGAUGCUAAUGAAAUGAAAUGGUAUUUAGCAUCCCUUUAAUUUGUCCUAGUAUGCAGCAGCAUAAUGUGCAACAUUGGCCAGCAUUUACUUACUGUGUUACUGGUUGUAUGCCAGGCUAACUCCAAGAUAUGAACUCAGUUGCUUCAACUUUUGAACAACAUGUGUUGUUGAA